AUGAAACUCAUUGUGUCCACAUCGAAUAUUAUGAGUGGCGGCCCCCCUCUCAUCCGCCAAUCCCAUGCCGAAAAGUCCAACCUGGAACUCAUCAGCUCCCUCCGCUCUAACAUCCAAGCCGCCAAGGACGCCGCCGUCGACCCCGACCAGAACGGCGACACCAAGCCUGACGACGUCUCCAACCUCCCCCUCAGCGCAUGGACGACGACCGACGGUGAUCAGAUAUCGGUCCCGUCGCUCGAAUCCCCCUGUUCCGGCCUAAGCGAAGACCCAGAGCAAUACGACAUCACCGUCAAGCUAUUCUACCUCCCGGGCGUAGGCACGGAACUACGAUGCGCGCACACGCGCGAGGCGAUCGCCUUGGUCCUCAAGAAGCUGCGCGUCUCCACCAUUGACUUGCUGAUCGUGUCGUUUCCGGGGAUCACCUUCGACGCGGACGACGAGGACGAGGAGGAGCCGCUACAGAACGGGGUGGCCGACGACGAUGCCACCCGGGCUGAAGUGGACAUGGUCAGCCAGACGUGGCGGAUUUUGGAACAGCUGUAUGAGGACGGCUCGAUCAAGAGCUUGGGACUGUCCGAGUUUGGGACGAACCGUCUGCAACGCCUGCUCCCGAACGUGCGGGUCAAGCCCGCCGUCGACCAGAUCAAUGUGCGAGAUUGCUGCGUCGUUCCCAAACAGCUCAUCAUGUUCGGGAAAAAGGAGUCGAUCGAGCUGCUCACGCAUAACGACUGCACCGACGUCCUGCCGCGAGGGACGUUGACCGAACUGCUGGGUCCGACGGAUGCCGGGGUGGAUCUACUGUCCCAACUGAGCCAGGUGAAUCCCGCCUUGACUGGCAAUGUCGAACCGCAGUUUGUGGUGAAAUACACUGCGGUGGUCAAGGAUCGGGGGGUCGUCGAAAGCAAAGGGUACUUCGCCGUCGCCAACGUCAGCUGA